AUGUUUGCUAAAAUUGUCGUGAUAGGUGCUGUCAUAGUCGCGGCGCAAGCUGGUCUUUUAGGACAUGGACGUGGAGGUUAUGCUCAACCUGGCGUCUCACCCUACGCUGGUGUGCAUGGAGCACCUGGAUAUAAUCUGUAUAGUGCGCCAAUUGGGCAUUCAAGUGCCCUAACCGCACAUGCUACAUCUUUUUCACAAGCGGGCCUCCACGCCAAUCUUCUCGGUCAUGGUACACCUUUGGCUCCAGCUGCACCAAUUGGACAUAAUAUUGAUAUUAGCCGACACCCCUCUGCAUACAUUUCUCAAUUGGGUCACAACGUACCUCUUGCUCACGCCAUAUCAAAAGUUGAUAGAACAGAUGUUUUCCAAGCUAGUCGUAUUGGACAUGUUCGACCCUUUGCUCAUGCGCAAGCCAGUCCUCUAGCGCAUGCAGGUCUAAUAGGCCAUGCUUCUCCCUUGGCACAUGCAACUUCUUUGAAUAACGUAGCUGCCGCUCACGGCCACUCGGCACCCCUUGCCCCAGGCCAUGCUGGCUCUUUUGGUUCCGCUGUUUCACACGUGGAUAGAACCGAUAUUAUUCAAAGUGCUCCUGUUGCUCAUGCUGUUCCCGUCGCUCACACUGGUCCUUUAGCUCAUGCCGGACCCUUAGCCCACGCUGGACCUUUAGCCCACGCUGGUCCUGUAGCACAUGCCGGACUCUUAGCCCACGUCGGACCUUCAGCCCACGCUGGUCCUUUAGCUCAUGCCGGACCCUUAGCCCACGCUGGACCUUUAGCCCACGCUGGACCUUUAGCCCACGCUGGGCCUUUCGCUCAUGCCGGAUCCUUAGCCCACGCUAGUCCUUUAGCCUAUGCUGGUCCUUUAGCCCAGGCUAGUCCUUUAGCCCACGCUGGUCAUUUAGCCCAAGCUGCUCCUUUAGCCCUCGCUAGUUCUCUAACCCACGCUGGUCAUGUAGCCAACGUUGGUCAUUUAGCCCACUCUGGUCCUAUAGCCCAUGCUGGUCCCAUAGCUCAUCCUGCUGCUUUAGCCCACGUUGGUCCCUCGUUCCAUAACGUUCACUCUUCAUUAAAUCCUAUUGCUCCUCUGGGCCAUGCUCUCGGAAACCUCGGAAAUUAUGGAUACGCCAGUCAAUACGCUAGAGCUCAAGAUUACUUUUCAUACCCGAAAUACGAGUACACGUACUCCGUUGAAGAUCCACACACUGGAGACCACAAGGCCCAGCAUGAAAGCCGGGAUGGUGAUGUUGUCAAGGGAGAAUACUCGCUGCUGCAACCUGAUGGCUCGUACAGAAAAGUAUCAUACGCCGCUGAUGACCACCAUGGUUUCAAUGCAGUCGUGCACAACUCAGGACCAAGUCAUCAUGUCUACUCUUCGCAACACCAUCAUUAAAGAGCAAAUCUCAUUAGCUAAUGAAAUGUUAUGCCUUAUCGUUUUCGCUGUGAUCAAACCGAAUGUACAAAUACGAAAUAAGACUAUAA